CAAAAAAUAGAGACAAAAAAACAAAACUUUAUCAAGAUUUAACAAUUCCACUGUAAAAUAGUAUAAAACUAAUGUGAUUUACACCAAUAAAAGUGCGCUUACGUAGCCGUAGAAUUAACCAAUUGGCUCUCGCCAGCUGUAGUAACAAAUUUUGACAGAAAUCAACGUGGUAUAAAUAUAAAGCCGAUGGUUUUUAUAAAUACUAUUUACAUUUACAAUAAUUAAUAGAUUUUUUUCCAUAAGCGGGAUAUUUUCCACCAUUAUUAAAAUUGUACUUAUAUUUUUUAUAGAUCAUUUGUGUUUUUUAUUUCAAUCAGGUGAUUAGUAUUAAUAUAUAUAUAUAUAUAUUCAAGACUAAAAUGGGGAAAUUGACUUUGUUAUUUGUGUUUUUGUUACUGGGAUUAAGUUUACCUGCUUUUGCAUUAAAAGAAGGAGAAUGUGAAGUGUGUGUGAAAACAUUAGACAAAUUUUCUGACACGCUAACAGAAGAUGUGAGAAAGGAUUCGAAAAAAAUAGAAUCAGAAUUUAAGAAAUUCUGUAAAAACUCCAAAGGCAAAGAAAAUCGUCUCUGCUACUAUUUGGGUGGAUUAGAAGAUUCAGCCACGGGAAUUCUUGUUGAAUUGAGCAAACCACUUACAUACUCACUGCCAUCAGAUAAAAUUUGUGAGAGAUUACGUAAAAAAGAUGCUCAAGUUUGUGAUCUCAGAUUUGAAAAACAAAUUGAUCUUGACAAGGUUGACCUGAAGAAAUUAAAAGUACGCGACCUGAAGAAAAUAUUGAAUGAUUGGGAUGAAAAUUGCGAUGGGUGCAUUGAGAAAACAGACUACAUUAAACGUAUCGAGGAACUUAAACCCAAAUACACUUCUAGUACAAAGAAAACUGAACUCUAAAUUAAUAUUUUUUAUUUAUCUUUUUGGAUUAGUUUAUUAAUAACAUCAGAUACAUA